AUGAAUUACUGCAUCGGACCUAUGCACAAACCACCAAGCGAUGUAGAAGAUUUGGUCGCUUGCCAUGACACUACUCUAAAGGCUGUUUUGGACAAACACGUACCAUCUAAAACUAAGAUCAUAGUAAAACGACCACGGGUACCUUGGUUUAACGAGCAACUCAGAAAGGCAAAGCGAGGAAGGCAAAAAACAGAGAGAAAGUGGCGAUUAUCUAAGUUGGAGAGUGAUUUUGCUAUCUUUAAAGUGAAACGAAAUGCGGUAAAUCGAUUAAUUGCUACAGUCCGUACGGAGUAUUAUAGGAACUCUUUACUGAACGAAACAUCGUUGAAGAGAACAAGGGUGACCAGAGAAAACUGUCAGUUAAUUUAAAACAUGUAAGCGCUUUUUGGUCAACAUGACGUGAUGAUGGCCUUCCUCCUAAUUUGGAUUGUAAGGCUUUUGUCAGUAACAUGGGCAAAUAUUUUGAACAAAAGAUCCCAACCCGCAAAUUGCUUCUCCUGUGACCGAAGCAAUUGUCUCGCAGUUCUCAGAGUUCACUUCCCUGUCUGAAUCUGAUGCUAAGGUAUUAAUUAGCCGUUCUUCGUUAAUUAAAGACGGGCGCCACUUUGAUCCAGUGCCAUCCAAGUUAGUUGCUCAAUGCGAUGUAUUACUAUACAAGAAUUAUCAAUCUCUAACUUCAAUCUGGUUGCUUUCCCCUUGGCUAGAAAGAAGCACUUGUUCAUCCACUUUUGAAGAAAAUUGGUCUAGAUGCUACCUUCAUGAAUUUUAGGCCCGUGAGCAAAUCUAAGCUCGUUGAAAGAGCUGUAUUCGAACAGACACAUGUUCAUAUGGUAAAUAACGACCUGUAUCCAUUUGCCCAGUCAUCAUAUCGAAGGAAUCAUAGUACUGAGACUGCUCUGCUGAAAAUGAAGAAUGACCUUUUGAUAUGAACAUGAAUGAGCAACACGUCUCGCUCCUUGUACUAUUGGAUAUGAGUGCGGCGUUCGAUAUGGUUGAUCAUCGUAUUCGCUAGGGCGUUUAUCAUCUAAAUUUGGUUUUACUGGAGGUGCUUCUAGUUGGUUCCGCUCUUAUUUAUCUCAGAGAUCUCGGCGCACAGUGAUUCGCGGAACAGUUUCCGAGAAGUUCGAUGUGCUUCAUGGUGUUCCUCAAGGUUCUUGCCUGGGACCUUUAUUGUUCACAAUUCAUGCCAGCAAACUAUUUGACGUCAUUGAGAAACACUUACCAAUAUCACAUUGCUAUGCAGAUGACAUAUAA